AUGGGAACACACCUAUCAGCAGCUUACUUCCUUCAUCUCUUCCGGUUACAUGUGGAGGACCAAUUUGAGAUGGGUAUACUGAGCCUGAUCGUGUCUCGAUAUACAGAGGUGGUCAGCGAGUGGAUUGAAAUGAAAGAGUCGCCGCCGAUUCAUGGACAUAAAUAUAUUUCGAGCAGUGACGGUCGAUACGGAAGCAUGUCAAACUAUGGCGUGAGUGAUCCCGUGAGAUCUAAGCUGCAAGGAAUCUGGUACGCCAUCGUCGGGGCCGUUAUGACAUUUGUCGAAAAGCUGAAUGAGACAGCUUACCACCAAGCUCCAGAACAAAAUGUCUCGAGAAACCAGCAGAAUCGAACUAGCUUGCAUGAGCACGUUGGAAAUAUUACGGAGUUAUCCAAAAUUGCCUCUACCCUCGUAUCAAGAGUGAAGAAUAGUUCUUUACUGUGGGAUACUUCACAUCUUGAAAAGAAAGUUCUUGGAACAGGACUAUACC